GGUCAAGGGACUUCCGGGCCCCCUGAAGCUCUGGGUUGUACCCCCCUGACGUCUCUCUGGCUCCGACCCUGCCAUUACACUUCUGACACUGACUGGGGCCUCCUCAUGAUUUAUCAGCACCGCGGAGGCAGUGAACUGGCUGCGGAGUGAGCGAGGACGGGGGAAGGAGGAGGAUAAGGAUCUGCUGACAAAGUCAGGAGCCAAUGAUGUCCGGGUGUCAGACUCUGCAGAGGACGAUGUAGCUGGAAGAAGUCCUGGUGCCUCGACCAACAGAGAAGACGUCACUCAGUGAUUGGAUAAAGAGACACAGCACAGCAGACUCGGGGAGAAAGCUGUGUAAUGCAGAGUGAAGACAUGCCCCUUCCAAAGAAAAGGAUGAAAAACUAAGUGAGCAGAAAUAAGAAUUCUGGGAGGAAUCUCAUCGAACUUGUUGAGGCUUUGAAUUUCAGGAGAUUUCUGUGUUUUUAGCACACUGAAAUUCUGCCGAAAAUCUGCUUCAAUUCCGCAGCAAGCUUUGCAGAAUGGAAUUUAAGUGAAAUAGCAGAAUUUCCGACAUGUGAAAAAUACGGUGGCAGCUGACACAGCUUUACUGAGAGUGGUGCUACAAUGACUUGGUCUCACCCUUAUACUUUACAUCAUUUGAGGCUUCUUCAAGAUAUUCUAUUUUUUAUGCUGCUAACUUUGCACGACUUUAUGGUAGCAGUGGGUGGUCUCCUGCCCCUGGUGAUAAAAAUCCAUGGCUUCAAAUAGACCUAAAGAGAAAAUACAAAAUAAUGGGAAUUGCCACUCAGGGAACACACAACACUUAUUAUGACUGGGUUACCAAGUACAUCCUGCUCUAUGGUGACCGUUACGACACUUGGAAACCAUUCUUCCAACAAGGCACUAACUGGACUUUUUUUGGCAACGUAAAUGCAUCCGGGGUGAUGGAGCACCGCCUCUACUAUCCCAUCAGGGCACGCUAUGUUCGUUUUAUUCCUGUAGCCUGGAAUCCAAGGGGAAAGAUAGGGCUCCGGGUCACACUUUAUGGCUGUGAAAGCAACCACGAUGUCCUGUCUUUCGAUGGUGAUGACCUCAUUUCCUACCAAUUCAGAAAAAAGACCAAUCGAACUUUACAGGAUGAUAUAUCUUUCAAUUUUAAGACCUUGGAGAAGGACGGGGUGCUGAUGCAUGCCGAAGGCUCUCAAGGAGACUACAUUACGUUAGAACUUCAGAAGGCACAGUUGGUCUUCCGAAUCAGCCUCGGAAACAGUCCCGUCCAUGCUGUAGAUAGUCAUACGGUUGCCACACUGGGAAGCCUGUUAGAUGACCAGCACUGGCACUCGGUACAUAUCCAGCGCAAUUUGCGCGAUCUCAACAUAACAUUGGAUGGAGAAUCACAGACAAUACGAUGCAAGGGGCAUUUUGACCAGCUAGAUCUGGAUAAAGAGAUAUUUUUUGCUGGCAUUUUUUAUGAUGACAAAGCCAUCUCUCACAAGCAGAACUUCCGUGGCUGCCUUGAGAACAUCGUCUUUAAUAGAGUGCACAUCGCCGACCUUGCACGGAGGAAUAAAUCAUCUAUACGCUUUGUGGGUAAGGUGCGCUUCUCAUGUGUGGAAAUGCCGUAUGUCCCUGUCACAUUUUCUGGCAUAAACAACUACCUAAUGGUGCCUGGAGUUCCUGCCAAUUUGAAGAUUAUGGUGAGCUUUAAAUUUCGGACGUGGGACAUGGUUGGCCUUCUGAUGUUCACCAAUUUUGCCGGUUCUUGGGGUUCACUGGAAAUGGCUCUGAGCGAAGGACAAAUCAAUGUGACCAUUUCACAGCCGCAGAAGAAGAAGCUGGUGUUUGCAGCCGGAUACCGGCUGAACGAUGGCUUCUGGCACUCGGUCUCCUUGGUGGCCCGGGAGAACUCUGCCGUGGUUAUUAUCGAUGAGGACGAAGGCGCACAGUUCAAGAUUAACUACCAGUUCCAGCUCCGGUCGGGAGAGUCUUAUUACUUUGGAGGUUGCCCCAAACCAGCGGCAGGAUCCGGCUGCUAUUCCAACCAGACGGCAUUUCAUGGCUGCAUGCAGCUGAUAACCGUGGACGGACAACCGAUAGAUUUCCAUCGUAUGCAGCUGGGAUGGCUGGGGAGGUUUUCAGAAGUCAUGUUCAAUGUCUGUGCCAUUGCUGACAGGUGCAGGCCAAAUCUAUGUGAACAUGGGGGUCGCUGCUACCAGUCCUGGGAUGACUUCUUCUGCAUCUGCGACAUGACCGGCUACAAGGGAGAGACCUGCCAUAAAUCUCUCUACAAGGAAAACUGUGACGCCUACAGGAUCAGCGGGAAGUACUCCGGCAACUACACCGUGGAUCCGGAUGGCAGUGGCCCUUUAAAACCGUUUUCGGUCUACUGUGACAUAUCUGAGGAAAGAGCAUGGACCACUGUUCAGAAUGACCGGUAUUAUCGAACCAAAGUCGUUGGAUCCAAUCCCGACCAACCGUAUCUAGGGGAGGUAAAUUACUGGAACGCAUCCUGGGGGGAAGUGUCUUCGCUGGCUAAUGGAUCGGAAUACUGCGAGCAAAGAAUAGAAUACUCUUGCUACAAAUCCAGGCUCCUCAAUUCUCCAAUGGGAUUGCCAUACGGCUUCUGGAUGGGACGGAACAACGAAAGACAUUUUUAUUGGGGCGGCUCCAACCCCGGCAUUCAGAGAUGUGCCUGCGGCAUCGAGAAGACGUGCGCCGAUCCCAGAUAUUUCUGUAACUGCGAUGCCGACCAUCUUCAGUGGAGAUAUGACAAAGGCCUGCUGACCUUCCGUGAUCAUUUACCUGUGACCCAAGUCGUGGUGGGGGACACGAAUCGUUCCAGCUCUGAGGCCUGGUUUUCAGUAGGACCUCUACGCUGUUAUGGAGACAGAAAUAGCUGGAACGCGGUCACGUUCAUGAAACCCGCCAGCCUUAUUUACCCAACUUUCCAGCCAGACCAGAGUAUGGACAUCUCUUUCUACUUCAAGACCACUUCCUUGUCUGGGACAUUUCUAGAAAACAUGGCGAGUGACUUUAAGAUCUUCAUCAGGAUAGAGCUGAAUACAACAAGAGACUUUGUGUUCAUCUAUGAUAUCGGGAACGGUCAUGAAAAUGUGACGGUGAAAUAUCCGUCCCCUCUGAAUGACAACGAAUGGCACGAGGUAAAAGCUGAAAUGAACGUCAAACUUGCCCGUCUGAAGGUGGACAAAAUGCCCUGGGUGAUCCGCAACUUCCCCCUGCAGACCUAUCUGAACACUUCGUACGAUCGGCCCCUUUAUGUAGGUUCAGCAGAUUACAGGAUGAAACCUUACAUUGGAUGUCUCCGGGGACUUCGAAUGAAUGGUGUGACGCUAGAUCUAGAAGGCAAGGCCAACGAAUCUAUAGGGGUGAGGACCAACUGCACCGGUCACUGUGAAUAUCCCCAGAUGGAGUGUCAGAACGGCGCCCGCUGUGUGGAGAGGUACAGCCAUUACACCUGUGACUGCAAUGGAACCGGCUAUGAAGGACCAUUCUGCACCAGAGACAUUGGGGCAUAUUUUGAGGCAGGUGUCUGGCUCCGUCACAAUAUACUAUCAGCCGGGAUGGUGGCUGCUCAGGAAUUUGCCAAAGUUGUUUCGCUUCCGCUGUUUGUCAACAACCUGACACGUGAAGAAAUUUCAUUCAGUUUCAGGACCACCACUGCUCCAGCUGUUCUGAUGUACAUCAGUUCCUUCUCAUCAGAUUACAUAGCGUUCCUACUGAGGCCAGACGGUUCACUGCAGCUGAAUUACCAACUGCGGAGCAAUAGUGCAAAUGUCUUCCUGCUGAGCAAGAAAAACAUGACAGAUGGCAGACCUCACAGGGUUAACGUCACCAGAGAUUACCGAACGCUUUACUAUCAGGUGGACUAUUAUGAUUUGGUGCAGAAACAGUUUGUGUUGUGGGAAGAUCCCAAGUUUGAUUCUCCAAAAGCUAUUUAUCUCGGAAGGGUUGUUGAGACCGGAACAAUAGAUUCAGAUGUACAGAAGUUCAACACUCCAGGCUUUAUAGGAUGCCUGGCAGAUGUGCGCUUCAACAACAUCACUCCGAUACGAGACAUCUUCCGAUCCUCUAGAGCGGCAGAAGUGAUCACAGUGAAGGGAAACCUGGUGGAAUCGAACUGCGGGGCUAUGCCCUUAAAGGUGUAUCACAUACCGUACGAGCUGGACCCGUGGUAUAUGGGUGCAGUAUUCCCCCAUGUACAUGAUGAUGGUCUUGCUGGAAUCAUUGCAUUUGUGGUGAUCUUCCUCUUCGUCCUGGCGAUCGCCUGUUUGUUUUUGGUUUAUCAUUAUUUCCACCGGUAUAAAGGAUCUUACCUCACCAACGAGCCAAAAGCUGUAGACACUCCAAAGUCUUCCACAAGGAAAGAGCAGCCCCUUCCGCAAAUCGAGGAAGAGGAGGCUAGAUCAGAAUAGCCCUGACUGUGCUCGUGGUCUCCAGGAAGCAGCAGCCAUCUGUUUAUGGGAAGUCUGGGAACUUUGCCACUGGAAUACCUUAUAGGUUAAUUUUAUUUAUUUAUUUUUUAAAUGGGGGUUGGGGGUGAGGAUGGACCAUGUUCUCAUCAUCUGGUAGAGCAGCCAAAGAACGACAGUCUCUGUGCGGAGUGAAAAUGUCAUUCAUCUUCCAGUUACCUGCCUUCACUACGGGAUUUCCUGGGAAUAACGCUCAUCCGUAACUAUCCAGAUAGAAAACGUUACUAGAGAAACGAUGUGUAGAACGAGUUGGGAACAAAUGGAUUCCACCAUCGAAAAUACAGUGUGUUUGCUUCUUUCCGGUAGGGUCACACACAGUGCAUAUGCAGUGUAUUCAAUGCUGCAAAAAGAUCUGUCAGGCAGCGCAAAAUAAGUGUUGUAUGUGCUAUGAGCAGACACACCGGGUUUUCCCCACCGCAGUCCUGGGUGUGCAGAGCGUCACAGUUACGUCCAUGCACUCGGCCUGUCUCCGAACCUCACUGCACACACAGUGCUGAGGAAGGAAAAGCCACGUGUCUGCUUCUAGCACAUUCGCUGCAUAUUCAAUGCUCACAGUUACGUCAGUGCGCUCGGCCCGCCUCCGAACCUCACUGCACACACAGGGACUGCGGUAGGGAAAUCCAUGUGUCUGCUUCUAGCGCAUAUGCAGCGUAUUUGAUGCGGAAAAAAAAUCUGCCGGCCAGCGGGAAACAUGCUGCGUAUUUGCUGGAAGCAGUCACACAGGGCUUUCCCUGCCACAUCCUUUGUGUGUGCAGUGAGGUUCAGAGGCGGGCCAA